AUUGGCGAGGAUUGGCGAGGCGAGUAGCGUAGAGUGUUGGGGAAGAGAUGUAGACGAGAGCAGAGGGGGGACGUCGGAGGGAGGGAGGGCGAUGGAGAUGAGGAGAAGCAUUGCGAGGAAAAGAAGAAGUAGCGGGAGAACUAGCGGCAAUAAAACUACAUCGUCGUCCUUGGAGUAUGCGUUGUCUCGGGGAGUGAGCUGCUGAUGUGAUCCAGCAGCCGGUCGAGGGUCUGAGAGAUGUUGUUGCGACGUCGCGGCUGCAAGUGGAGUCCGAUUCUGUAAAGCUCUUUUCUGGUGAUGGUGGACUGAGGUCCGGGCUGGGAUCGAAUGGGGAGGAAAUUAUAAAUCGAGGACCUGCUGCCGCGGUUGGCAAUUGAGGCCGGGAAGCUGUACAUUGAGUCGAAUUCCUCCUCCUCCUCCUCCUCCCCCCGUCGCUCCAUCCAUCCCCGGGCUGGCUGCAUGCGGCAGGCGGAGGACAGUUUUGCGAGGCUAGCGAGCAGAGAUCUGAAGCUGUAUAGAGCGGUGUAGUUCCUUUGUAUAUCCUUUGAGGCUCUCUUGUAAUCUAUAAAACCACACCACAAUGCGGAUUCCCGGUUCGAAUCCAUCUCUCCUGUACAUUGGGAGCGAUGAUGAAGACGACGAUAAUAAUACCGAGGUUAAUGAGAAUGGAGCGCCGACCGGUCGAGGCCACCGUCAUACUAACGCCGGUUCCAGGACUUCCUCCGUCGGCUCCUUCACCAAUCCAACAUGGCCUCAAAGCUAUCGGCAAUCUAUGGACUAUCAAAUCGUGUCAGGAUCUCCGACCUUUCAAAUUUUUAGCCCCAUUCCUCGCAUCAGCAGUUCAUUUUUAUCCUCCUCGUUUAAGAAACAAGAUAGCGCCUUUUUUUCGAGCUCGGAGAAUCUGCGGAUACCCUUCCUGCCCGGUAAGGGCGAAGAUGCGGAACAGGGCCUCGGAGGCGCCAAGCCAAUCUGCAAAGUGGACUCGGACGCCAGCAUCACCUACCUGCCCUCCAAAUUCGCGGAUGCUGAGAGGGAAGAGGAGGGCUCCAGCUUCACGCAGGCUAUGCUCAAUGGUUUGAACGUGCUGGCUGGAGUUGGUGUUCUUUCUACACCGUAUGCUCUCAAGGAAGGAGGCUUUUUAGGAAUUAUUCUUUUGUUUGCUCUUGCAGCUAUUUGCUGCUACACAGGUAUUUUACUCCGUCGUUGCCUCGACAGCCAACCAGGCAUGCAGUCGUAUCCGGACAUCGGGCAGGCUGCCUUCGGCACUACCGGACGCUUUAUUAUCUCUAUAAUCCUUUAUAUUGAGCUCUAUGCAUGUUGCGUGGAGUUUAUCAUCUUAGAAGGAGACAAUUUGUCAGCUUUGUUUCCUGGUGCUCGACUCGACAUGGGAGGACUUCACCUGGAUUCUCAGCAUGUCUUCUGUAUUGUAUCGGCCCUAGUGAUCAUGCCCACUGUGUGGCUUCGAGAUUUGAGCGUGCUCUCAUACGUCUCAGCUGGAGGGGUGGUUGCGACCCUUGUAGUGGUGUUCUCGGUCUUCUGGGUAGGAGCUUUUGACGGUGUAGGCUUCCACCGAGGCACGGGACCUCUUCUCAAUAUUGCACAGCUUCCUGUCUCCAUUGGUCUUUACGGGUUUUGUUAUUCUGGCCAUGCUGUUUUCCCCAACGUUUACACAUCCAUGAAAAGACCUCAAGAUUUCAAUCUCGUUCUUCAAGUCAGUUUCUUCAUAGUAUCGUUAAUUUACGGAGGAAUGGCAGUUAUGGGGAUUUCAAUGUUCGGACAAGACACCUUAUCUUCAAUUACUUUGAACCUGCCGAAAGAGUUCCUGGCUUCAAAGAUUGCUGUGUGGACAACUGUCAUCAAUCCCAUUACCAAAUUCGCGUUGACUAUGACUCCAGUCGCACUGUGCUUGGAGGAACUUCUUCCUUAUGAGAAAGCAAUGAAGUAUUCGACGUUUCUCAGAACCGGACUUGUCAUGUCAACUGUUGCCGUAGCAGUGCUCGUGCCGUAUUUUGGGCUCGUCAUGGCAUUCAUCGGUGCUUUCCUGAGUAUGACAGUGUCCCUUAUUUUACCAUGUCUGUGUUACCUGAGUAUUGUGGGCGACAAGACGACGAUCAUGCAGCGUAUCGUGUGUGUAUUCAUCAUUGUGGUGGGCGUAGUAUGUGUCAUAGCUGGCACAUACUCAUCAGUUGCUGGAAUUAUACAGAGCGUUUUUGAUACUUAGAGACACAGAAUCCUGGAGCGUGGAAUCUUGGAAGCCGGGGCUUCCUGCAGCCUUAGAACCUUUCAGAGUUGUUGGUCACAGAGAGACGAAGAAUCCUGAAGUGUGCAAACUUGCAAGCCGAGGUUUCUUGCAGCCUUAGAGUCGUUCAGGGUUUUUAGAUGCUGACAGACACAGAAUCUUGGAGUAUGGAAACUGGAAAGAAGCGCUUUCUUGCAGCCUUAGCUAUGGACUUAAUCUCCAGCGAAGACAAAUGGCGCAAGGAAAAAGUAAUUGCUACCCAUGAAAUUGCAGGAGCUGGAGCCCGGAAAUUAGCUUAGGCGUAGACAUUAGAUCUAUAGGGCAUAGAUGUGGGUAGAACCUGCAAAUUCUUUUUGUAUAUUAGUUUAUACUUUUUACAUCAAUUCGAUUGUAAUCCUUCCAUUAAGUGACAAC